GCCUCUGAAGACCUUCUCAAACAGCAUUACAUUGACCUCAAAGACCGACCGUUCUACCCUGGUUUGGUUAAAUACAUGAACUCUGGACCUGUUGUGGCCAUGGUAUGGGAAGGACUCAACGUAGUUAAAACUGGGAGAGUAAUGCUAGGGGAAACAAACCCUGCAGACUCCAAGCCUGGUACCAUCCGUGGUGACUUCUGCAUUCAAGUAGGAAGAAACAUCAUUCAUGGCAGUGACUCCGUGGAAAGCGCACAGAAGGAGAUCAACCUGUGGUUCAAACCUGCAGAGCUCAUUGACUUCAAAUCUUGUGCACAUGAUUGGAUCUAUGAGUGAAAUGAGUUUCCACAACGAAUUGUGCCUUCGUAACACAUCAUCUCAUUCCAGCUAUUGACCUGGGAGCAAUUACGACCGCGGUUAUCUUACUCAUUCUCAGCACUGUCAAAUAAAUGGAUGAUAUGAACUAA